GUCACGAGCCUCCAUUAAGUACACGCUCCUCGGUCUUGGAGCCUCUGCACAGAAUUUAUAUCAUUUGCACAGAAUUUAUAAAUAGGAUCAUAUCACCCACUCAGACUCACUGGAUUCAUACCCAUUUCAACUUCAAAAAUGGGUGGUUCACAAACCAAGAGUCAUGCCAAUGGCUGUGAGGUAAGAAUCUUGAGAGAGAAGACAAAGCUUCUCCAACAGAAGCUUGACGAGAUGAUGUACCUCAGAGAAACAGAGUCUCAAGUGUACGAGCAAGAGAUUAUGGUCCAUGCGCUUAAGGAGUCCGAGUGGAAGCGAGACCGUAAAUGGCUGCAAAGGGAGGUCAAGAAGCUAAGGAAGGCAUUAGAAGAAAGAAACAGAGGAAGACAGAUGAUGGCAAUGGGGAAAAAGACUGAUUUGGCAUUUGACCAGAUGAGGGAAGAGAGAGCUCAACGAGAUGAGGCUGUAGAGAAGUGGAAAAGAUUGUAUCUAGCAAUCAAGAUCGAGCUUGACAACCUCAUCAACAAAGCCCAUCAAGGGGAAACAGAAUCUUGGAGAGAAGAGGAAGAGUACCUGACAUACGAGCUACGGAGAGAGCUAAAAGCCAAGGAAGAGACUAUUGAACUUUUACAGGCGCACAUAGCUUCAAUAGAGCAAGAAGAAUCCAGGAGGGAGCGCGAGGUGGAUAUACUGCGCCAGAGCUUGCGUAUCAUGAGCCACAAGAAGAUGCCAAAGCAUAUCUCCAAGGGCUUCUCAAGAAAUUUGCAACACUAAUUCAAACUAGAUUACUGAUGCUUGGCU